AUGUCGCACCACGUCUCCGCAGCGAGCCGGGCCAAGGGCCAGGGAACAACCAAAGCCGUCAUCCUGGUUGGCGGUCCUUCUCGCGGCACUCGCUUUCGCCCCCUCUCCCUCGACGUCCCCAAGCCCCUCUUCGAGGUGGCUGGCCAUCCCAUCAUCUGGCACUGCCUCUCGGCCAUCGCGCGGGUCCCGAUCAACAUCAAGGACGUCUACAUCAUAGGCUACUACGAUGAGUCUGUCUUUAGCGAUUUCAUCAAGGACUCGGCCAAGGAGUUCCCUUCCAUCACCAUCCGCUACCUGCGCGAGUAUCAGGCCCUCGGCACUGCCGGCGGCCUCUACCACUUCCGCGACGCCAUCCUCAAGGGCCGCCCCGAACGCCUCUUUGUCCUCAACGCCGACGUCUGCUGCUCUUUCCCCCUCGCCGAGAUGCUGAAGCUCUUUGUCGAUCGAGACGCCGAAGCCGUCAUCCUCGGCACCCGCGUGAGUGACGACGCUGCCACCAACUUCGGAUGCAUCGUCUCCGACGCCCACACCCGCCGAGUCCUGCACUACGUCGAGAAACCAGAGUCGCACAUCAGCAAUCUAAUCAACUGCGGUGUCUACCUCUUCUCCACCGACAGCAUUUUCCCCUCCAUCAAGUCGGCCAUCAAGCGCCGGCUCGAUCGCCCAAGCCGCCUGGUGUCGUACCCGUCCUCGGAGAACCUUGAGAGCUACGACAUGCCCUCGUCAAGUCCCGAAGUCGAAGAGGAUGACGAGAGCAGUCAGAACGAGGUCAUUCGUCUGGAACAGGACAUUCUUGGCGACAUGGCCGACUGCAAGCAGUUUUACGUCUACGAGACCAAGGACUUCUGGCGCCAGAUCAAGACGGCCGGCUCGGCCGUGCCCGCCAACGCCCUGUACCUGCAAAAGGCCUGGCAGUCCGAAAACCCUGAGCUCGCUCAGCCGAGCGCCAACAUCGUCGUCCCGGUCUUCAUCCACCCGACAGCUCAGGUGCACCCGACGGCCAAACUCGGUCCGAACGUGAGCAUUGGUCCCCGCGUCGUCGUCGGCGCCGGCGCCCGUAUCAAGGACAGCAUCGUGCUCGAGGACUCGGAGAUCAAGCACGACGCAUGCGUGCUCUACUCCAUCAUCGGCUGGGGCAGUCGCGUCGGCGCCUGGGCCCGCGUCGAGGGCACCCCCACACCCGUUUCCAGCCACUCCACGAGCAUCGUAAAGAAUGGCGUCAAGGUCCAAAGCGUCACCAUUCUCGGCAAGGACUGCGGCGUCGGCGACGAGGUGCGCGUGCAAAACUGCGUCUGUCUCCCGUUCAAGGAGCUAAAGAGGAUUCAGGAUGUUUCGAAUGAGGUCAUCAUGUGA